GCAAGGAUUAAAAAACACAAAAACCAUGUGCAAAGUCAGACCAAAUGUUGGUGGUUUUCUUCAGAUUUUUUACCUUUUGUUUUUAUUAUUCCGUCAUGUUUCAUUAUUUUGAUAAACAUACGUUUUAUAGGUUUUAGGAAGGCAAAGAGAGACAAAUUUAAAUAAAUGUCGCUGCUUGAAGGUGAUGCCAUCAUGGCGUGGGCGACUUCUCUCGAAGGUCGUCAGUGCGCGAUUCGACCGAUUUAAAACAUAUGAGUUAUAAAAAUAAUUCGUUACCAAAGACAAAAGAAGAGGAUUUUGACCUAGAAUCAGGCUUUUAUAGUCGAAGAGUGGAGAAAAAAUUUCAUAUAUAUUUGUUUUCGUGGGCCCGGCGUGAAACCGAACAGCUGUGUUCACCAGUUUAGUCGGUUUUUCGCCUCGGAACUGAAAAACGAGUGAAAAGUUUAAAUGUGAUAACUUGUUUUAUUGUUUGAAAAAAAAAGACCUCGGACUUGUGAGGAUGGGGCGUGCCGGAUGGAACUGCCUUGGAAAAUAGAGACAGAGGAAAAUGUACUAUUUCGAGGGUAACUACAGGGUGACGCCGGAGCAGAAUUUUGCCGGUGCGAGCCGGCAGAGCAGGAAAACGGAACUGAUCGACAGGGCGCAGGCGGAGAGAAGGAAAAGGGAAGAAGAAAGGGCGAGGUCGAGAUCUGCGGUGGUUUUGCAGUCAUUGGUACGUGGAUUCUUGGCGAGGAGGAGGAUCCGGAACGUCCUGAUUGAGGAGUUCGAUAGGUAUAGACUCGAGGGAGUGGACACUGAGGAUUUGGCCUUCCUGAUCAGAAGAAUCCCGUUCCUCGAGUGGUCGCCGGCCCGUCUGCUCAGCGCGUCCCGGAUGGUCCUGGAGCACAAGGAAGCCGUCCUCGCUUCCGAAGACCCCCUCUGGGCCUGGAGGCUCCGAAUGCUUCUCGACCACCAUCUUUGCCUGCUUCAGAUCGACGUGCAGGCCGUCAGCAAGGAGUUCGUCGAUUUCUUCACGGACCGAGUGUCUUUGGUGCCGAUUCUCGGUGAAGAAAGAGCUUCGGACUUCGCCAAGACCGCCAUUUCUCACGCAGUGGGGAAAAAUUACUUCGAGACGUGCCUGCGGCUCCUCCGAUGUUCCGCGAACCCCAUCGAUCUCGAUUACAGCCUCGCCAUGCUGUCCAGGCCGUUUCACAUCGAUUCGAGCAUUGUUUUCGACAAAUUUUGCCAGAGCCUCAACCAUCUCGAAAUUGACGAAAACGACAAAAAGGUGAUUAUACUGUUAAUAGCGGAGUUGAAAAAAAUGAACCUGCGAUAUAUAGAAUUUUACAAAUCGAUUUUGAGGCUUGAUUUUAAUUCAUACAACCCCUUGUUGUUGUGGUUUGUACUAAACUUCGACGAGGAGGAGAUUGCAGAAUACGACGAGGUCAAAACCUAUUUCAGCCUCAUGGCCAGGCUCAGUAAGACUUUACACGACGAGCUCACCCUGGAUACAGACUGGGACUCGCAGGAUUCAGAGGAGAGGGUCGUCGGAGUCUUAAUAGCCGAAUGCCUCGCUCUGAUCAACUGCAAGUCCAAAGCUCUGAUAUGGUUGUCCUAUUUGGAAAGGAUAAUCCGAUCCGGCGAUUUUGAAACGUUAGUCGAUUUCGGGAUUUGCCUUCACAACCUCUACCUCAACGAGAGACUCCCGGUUAACCGUAACCUCCUCUUCGUAGAACUCUACAGGAACAAAUCUUACAUAAAAUAUUUCUGGUGCUGCAUAGCUAGCCUGCAGAGGGAAGGAACUUUCUCGGACCCGAUACCGUUGACGAACCUGAUCGUGAGGAAUAUCCCGCUGGAGAAAGCUGAAAUAGAAAAGAUCGUCCCGCUCCUGACGAUAUUCGCCGUAUUGAUGAAGUUCUCCUACUCGAACAUGACUGAAGAGGAGUUGAUGAACGACAAUCUCUUGGGUGACAAGACGGACAAGCCUUUUCAGAUCCAGGAGCUGGUCGCUCUGAGCAAGACCCUCGUCGACAUAACGAUGGGCGUCGUUCUCAUCGCCUAUCCCGAGACCUACUCCUGCACGAACAUGAUGUCGAUGACUCAAAACUGCCAACUUUUCUGGUCCAACUUGCUGAAAGAACUGGUGAAUAUCAUAUCCCUGCUGCACGCGAAAGACGCGAGGAAAAGGUUCGCUGGGACCAACCACUGGCUAUCGAACCAAAUUAAGAUAGCGGACCACGUGCAGAUUUUCGACUCUACGAAAACGAUAUUCGUGAAGCCGUUUUCGAACAGGAAGGGCAUGGCGAGGAACGACGACGGUCUGUACGUCCUGUCCGUUCAGGAAAGUAGGACUGUCUUCAUCCUCCACUAUUUGCCGUUCACGGUACCUUUCCUCAAGCGUUAUUCAUUUCUGCAGGCGCACUUCGAGGCGGACAAGCGCCAGCACAGAAAUGAGCACAUACUGCAGAUACCGCAUCGUUUCGUGAGGAUCCGCCGCGACUACCUGUACGAGGACGCUUUCGACAACCUGUCCAAACACGACGAAGACAUCAAGAUCAGCGUCAAGAUCCAAAUGGUCAACUCGUAUGGCCUGGAAGAAGCCGGCGUGGACGGUGGAGGCGUUUUCAGAGAAUUCCUCACCGACCUGUUGAAGACAGCAUUCGACCCGACGAGGGGUUUCUUUAUUUACAACAACGACAACGAGUUGUAUCCAAAUCCUUCUGCGAAGCUCGUCUCCGCCAGAUACACACGGCACUACCACUUCAUCGGGAGGAUCCUGGCCAAAGCGAUUUUCGAAGGUGUCAUGUCGGAAAUACGCCUCGCUGAGUUUUUCCUCGCAAAGCUGACCGGCAUCACGACCAACCUCCACCUCUCGAACCUCGCCUCUCUCGACCCGGAAUUGUACAAAAACAUCGUCAACUUACAAAAAUACAAAGGUGACUUUUCCGACUUGGGCCUCGACUUCACGAUAUAUACGAAUGAGUUCGGCCGGAGCGUCUGCCGCGAGCUGAAGCCGAACGGGAGCAAUAUACAAGUUACUGCGGACAACGUGUCUGAGUACAUCGACCUGAUCGCCAAGUUCAAAAUGCACAGCGAGAUCCUCAAGCAGACAGAGUCGUUUGUCGAAGGCAUCGCAAGCGUAUUUUCGCUCGACUGCUUGAAAAUGUUCACCCCGAAGGAACUGCAGACGAUCAUCUCGGGAGACGAGGCUCCCAUCGACAUAGACGACAUGAGGAGGAAUACAGUCUACGCUGGCGGCUUCUCCCCCGACCACCCUUCCGUCGUCAUGUUCUGGAACGUAGUCGACUCUUUCGGCACGAAAGAGAAAAGCCAGCUCCUCAAGUUCAUCACCAGUUACUCGAGGCCGCCCCUGCUCGGUUUCAAAGAGCUCCAUCCGCAGAUCUGCAUCCAGCGGGCCGACGGCGAGAACGAACGGUUUCCGACUUCAUCUACCUGCAUGCACCUUCUCAAGCUUCCAGCCUUCUCCGACGAAGACAUCAUGCGGAAGAAACUGCUCUACGCCAUCAAAUCCGGCGCCGGUUUCGAACUGAGCUGACUUUCCUUUCAAAAUAUACCCUUAUAUCAAAAA